AACCCAUCAAAUAAUAUUUUUCCUUAUCAUUCCUUUCACUUACACUCUCUCCCGUUUUCACACUAACUAUAUAAUUUUGGUUAUAUAACUUGCAAUUCUUGAUUUGCAGAGAUCACUACCAUGGCAGCUAUGGUGGUGUGCUUAACGACCCUUUCCGUUCUUUUCAUUUCUUUAGUGUUCAAACUUGUGUUGGAUACUCUCCAAUGUUAUUUUUUGAUCCCCAGACGCAUCAAGAACAUCAUGGAGAAACAAGGAGUUGGUGGCCCCAAACCCUGGGGAUUAACCGGAAACAUAACCGAGAUGUUCAAUCUAACCUCACGGUCCACUGUAAACGACAUGAACUCCGUCCACCACGACAUCGUCGGCCGCCUUCUGCCGCAUUAUGUCAAGUGGUCUAACUCAUAUGGGAAAAGAUUUAUUUACUGGCAUGGAAUAGAGCCAAGGAUGUGUUUGACGGAGACUGAAUUGAUCAAAGAACUGAUGACAAAGCACCACCUUGUGACAGGCAAAUCAUGGCUGCAACAGCAAGGCUCAAAGCAUUUUACAGGGAGAGGCUUGUUAAUGGCCAACGGCCAAGAUUGGUACCACCAAAGGCAUAUUGCUGCUCCAGCAUUAAUGGGAAAUAAGCUUAAGAGUUAUUCAACACACAUGGUGGAAUGCACUAAACGAAUGCUACAAUCACUGGAAAAUGCAGUGAAAUCGGGCCAAAAAGAGUUCGAAAUCGACGAGCACAUGGGUAGACUCACUGCUGAUAUAAUCUCAAGAACCGAAUUCGAUACCAGUUACGAGAAAGGCAAGCAAAUAUUCCAUCUUUUAACUUCUCUGCAACACCUUUGUGCUCAAGCCAGCAGGCACCUUUGCUUUCCAGGAAGCCGGUUUUAUCCAACCAAAUAUAACAGAGAAAUAAAGUCUUUGAAGAUGGAGGUUGAUAGAUUACUAAUGGAGAUCAUACAAAGCCGAAAAGAUUGUUUCGAGAUCGGUCGAAGCAGUUCAUAUGGGAAUGAUCUAUUAGGUAAUCUGCUUAAUGAGAUGGAGAAGAAGAGAUCCGGUGGAAACGAAUUUAAGCUAAAUUUACAGAUGAUAAUGGAUGAAUGCAAGACUUUCUUCUUUGCCGGCCAUGAAACAACGGCUCUUUUACUCACUUGGACUGUCAUGUUAUUGGCCACUAAUCCUCAUUGGCAACAAAAGGUUCGAGCUGAGGUCAAACUGGUCUGCAAUGGUGGAGUCCCCUCUGUUGAUCAACUCUCCAAACUAACUCUGCUGCAUAUGGUUAUAAAUGAAUCAUUGAGACUAUAUCCACCAGCAACAGUGCUGCCUCGAAUGGCUUUCGAAGACAUAACGUUAGGCGAUCUGUUCAUCCCCAAGGGACUGUCCAUAUGGAUACCGGUCUUGGCCAUCCAUCACAGUGAAGAACUAUGGGGAAAAGAUGCGAACGAAUUCAAUCCGGAGAGAUUUAAUUCGAGACCCUUUGCAGCCGGUCGACAUUUCAUACCAUUCGCCGCCGGCCCUCGUAAUUGUAUCGGCCAAUCUUUUGCGAUGAUGGAAGCGAAGAUCAUCUUAGCAAUGUUGAUUUCUCGGUUUAGUUUCACGAUUUCGAAAAGUUAUCGACACGCUCCGGUCGUCAUCAUGACUAUAAAGCCUAAGUAUGGAGUUCAAGUGAAUUUGAAGCCCUUGGAGGAUCCUUGAAAAUGAAAGACGGAUGAUUUUGAAGUGGAAAUCCUUUGGAUUUGAGGAGACGUCUAGGCGCUGACUAUAUAUAU